AUGGCAGGCAAGGCUGUUGGUGUGGAACUUAACAAAAAGUUGCUCAAUACAUUUGCUGGUGACCACUUGAAGCCAGAAUUUCUCAGGAUAAAUCCGCAGCAUACGGUGCCUACUAUAGUGGAUCAUGACUUCGUUCUAACCGAGUCACGAGCCAUUUUAAUCUAUUUGGCGGAGAUGUAUGGCCAGGAUGACUCUCUCUAUCCCAAGAUCCCCAAGGAGAAAGCAUUGGUUAAUCACCGUUUAUAUUUUGACAUCAGCACACUGAAUCACUCUUUCAUGGAAUACUAUGCCCCGCAAUUCAAUUCUAAACCUGCCGAUCCUGUGGCUUUCCAAAAAGUGGAAUCAGCAUUUGCUCUAUUGGAUACUUUCCUUACAGGACAAGAGUAUGUAGCUGGAGAUCAUCUAACUGUAGCAGACAUUGCCAUAUUGGCCAGUGUUUCGACUUUUGAUGUGAUGCAAUUCGAUAUUGGAAAGUAUAAGAAUGUUAGCAAAUGGUAUGCAAAUGCUCAGAAAGUAACCCCAGGCUGGGAUGAAAAUCUCGACGGAAUGAACAAGAUGAAAGAAAUUGUUGCUCCUCUCUUAAAAGCGAAUAAAUAA